AACAUCACUUUUCGGGUCGAUCCUAAAAAAAGAAGGUACCCCGCUGUGUUCCAACUGUGCGUGUGUUUGCAGUGCACCAUGGGUAACACGGAGAGCGCGAUGGUGCAGAAGCGGCUGCAACGCUUCCGUCCCGAGGAGCGGCCUGUGGUCGAGGGUCUUGACAGGCUACUGGGCGCCGGGGCCCCUUCAGGACCCCCCGGGACAACCCUAACCCUUGAGAUGCUGCAGGCCUCGAUGGGCGGCCUGGCCCCGGACUCCAUGGUGAGGAGGGUCCACCGCUGCAUGCUCGGCAUCGACCCCGGACCGGCAGCUCCUGGGAAAAGCGGCGCCUCCGGAGUCGGUCGAGAGCAGCUGGUCAUCUUCCUCGCGGACUCCCUGAGGGGCACCGCGGAGGAGCGGGCCCCCCUCGUCAUGGCCAUGGCCCGGGGGGGAGGCGAGGUGGCUGUCACCAGUGAGCAGCUGGCUGAGUUCCUCCAGGACCUGAUUUCUGCUGUAGUUCUCAUUCUGGUCCACAGGGGGCGCCUGCAGGCCUGGCAGCCAGAGAGGAUGGGCGACAGCUGCCUGGCCGUCAAACUGCUGGCUCAGCAGAUGUGUUCUGAGCUGCAGCCCUCAGAUGAAGGGAGCUACGAUGUUUCCUGUGUGGAGGCCUGGAUCUCCCGGGUGUCCCCGGUGUGGUUGUACCUGGAGAUGCUGGUGGCCGAGGGCCUGGACGUGGCCCUGAUUGGCCGGCCGGCCCCCCCCCUGCUGCCCCCCUGCGGGGAGGAGACGCCCUGGAGGGACGUGAGGAGUCUGCUGGACAUCCCCACGCUCAUGUUCCUCACAGCGCAGCUGCCGGACGGCUCCGGCGCCCCCUGGAGGCUGGUGUUCUCCACGCAGCUCCACGGGGAGAGCUUCACCCGGAUGCUGGGCGGCCUGACGGGGUGCGGCCCCACGCUGCUGCUCCUCAAGGACACCAGGGGUCACGUGUUCGGGGGCUUCGCCUCCCACGCCUGGGACCUCAAGCCUCAGUUCCAGGGUGACUCCAGGUGCUUCCUGUUCUCCGUGUCUCCCAGUCUGAGGGUUUAUCCAGCAACAGGAUAUAACGAGCACUUCAUGUACCUGAACCAGCACCAGCAGACGAUGCCCAACGGACUGGGCAUGGGCGGGCAGCACGGAUACUUCGGCCUGUGGCUGGACGGUGACUUUGGGCGUGGUCACAGCCGUGCACGGCCCACGUGCUCUACCUACGGCAGCCCCCAGCUCUCUGGAGAGGAGGACUUCACCCUGGACUCCGUGGAGGUCUGGGCGGUCGGGAAGACCCCCCAACCAGAGGAGGGCGAGGAGGGGCGGGGCCAGAAGAGCGUCCUGGAUGCGAACCCGGAGCUCCAGGCCAUGCUGGAGAUGGCGGGGAAGACUCUCCACAGCCAGGGCCUCAGGGAGCCUCAGGAAGACCAGGACCAGUGAGAUGGACCUGGUCCUGCUGGGCGUGGAUCACAUGUACGCCGGACUUUAAGACGUUCUUCUGUCACGACAUGCAGGUUUCUCUUUCCUGGUCUUUUGUGAGCUUCUAGCCACAUCUUCUGUUCCUCUGAUUACAGAAGCCUUGAGAAGAAGGAAGAGGAACACGUCUGGUGGCCUCAACAGGUUCUACAUGAGUUAUGUCUGCACUCGUCGUCUGGCAGGUGGAUUGAGUUGCAUUACUCCGGUCGGCCACCAGAGGCUGCACCAGGACCCCGAGCUCUAAAGAAAACUACAAGCAGUAGAACAACACUCACUAAAAAGAGCAAAGAAAACAAACUAACAGAAGGUUUCAGGUGAAACAUCCAACCUGUAGAAGCUCUGCGUCUAUAGUGACGUGGAUAUUAAAAUGAGCCUGAAGGCCUCAGAGGAGGGACGCGUCUCCAUUGGUGUUUGAUUCCUGUCAACUGCUCUGUGACGGAUGAUGUCAUUGCACAACAGUUUGACAGGACAUGAGGUUCAAGAGACACAGGCCUGUUGGUCAGCUUCUAGCCACGAUCACGUGAUCACGUGUUCAACUACCUCUAGAUGGCUCUGUGUCUGAUUUCAAUGUGUUCAGCAUCUGUUUAUUGUUCUCGGUCUAACUCGUCCAGACUGGCUGUAACAGACGGCCUCUCCACCGGCUGCCUGCUCCUCUGAGAAUUGAUUUUAAGAUUCUUCUGAUCACUUUUAAAGCCCGCUGGCUCGUUGACAUGUUGGCCCCGUGUGAGCCCCAGCCUCAGAUCCUCCGGAGGCCUUCUGGCCACUCCAAACACGAGGCUUGACACUAAGGGCGACCCAUUGGUCGACCGUCUUUUACCGUCAGAGCCCCUCGACCUUGGAACGACCCCCCGCAGAAUCAGGGACUUCUUUUAAAUCUCUUUAAAACCCAUUUUUGUG